AUGGCCGUGAAUGGCAACGAGCAAAUUCCAUAUGAACAUAAGCGGCACUUGAUCUCGUUGAUGCGAAUCCACGUGGGGACAUGUUGGUAUCACUUUGCGUUGUCAGUGGUACAUCCGCAAACAUGUCUCAACGGUGCGACUAGUGUGGGGAAAAUUGACCACAACGAAAAUCAGACCGGUACCAAAAAAAAGUUGAGUAGAGACACGGCUAAGAUCAGCGGUACCACGGGCGUUGGCGUAGGCGUUGGCGCUGAUGCUGGUGCUGGUGCUGGUGGCAGCAUGAUCGAAAGUGCCAUCGGCUCACCUGCAGCUUUACAGUCACUCGAGCAUGUAAUCACACUGGACAAAACCAGGCUGUAUAGGCCAGAAUUCAUGGCUGUCAAGGGAUCACUUGAGGUAGCAUGGCCACGUUACGAUCAGAGAGCAUGUGUUCUAAUGACCUUGUCAGUCUUCGCCAUAAGAGUCAAGCAGUGUUCAUUCUACAGCUAGGAUCAAUUUAAUUGACUUCCUCAUACAUACAACAAUCGGCUAACGUGAGCCUAUGAUGCGUCUUUCAGACUGCAACACGUUGGACCAAGGUAGUCACUGCUACCACAGCGCCAAGUAAAGCACAAUGCAUCAUGAGAUCCUUCCAUCCAUAGACCCGACCCUUCCAACCAUUGCUGAGCCAACGCCAGAAACAACCAUAAUCGUAAGUGAAAUGAAGGAAAUAGGGUAUCCAAAAGCCAAUCCAUGUGGCUAAAGCGAACAAUAUCAGGUCAUGGGCGACGACCUUGGAGUGGGAAAUUAAUGUGAACAAGAGAAGGAAAAAAAGAAAAGAAAAU